AUUUGUGUUGAAUGUUUAGGUCAUGUCCUGCAACUGAUGAACGAUCGGAUAAAUGUUGGUUUCAGUGAAAACGAAUUGUUGAAAAUAUUUUGCGAUAUUUGCGAAGCCGUCGCUCGUCUUCACCACAAUCAGCCGCCUAUUAUUCACAGGGAUUUGAAGAUCGAGAAUAUACUGAUAUCAGAGUCGGGUUCCUAUCAAUUAUGUGAUUUCGGUUCGGCGACUGUCAAAGUGUUGCGAAACAGUGACUCCCAGAGUGUGUUAGACAUCGAGGAAGAGAUCAAAAAGUAUACGACACUGUCAUACCGGGCGCCGGAAAUGGUGGACCUGUACGCCGGCAAACCAAUCACCACCAAAGCGGACAUUUGGGCGCUCGGAUGCCUGCUCUACAAGUUAUGCUACUUUCAGUUGCCGUUCGGCGAGUCGACGCUCGCCAUACAAAACGCUCAGUUAGUAAUACCCGACGCGUCCAAGUAUUCACACAAACUGCACGCUCUAAUCAAACUGAUGCUCGAGCCGGACAUCGACACCCGGCCCGACAUAUUCGUGGUCUCCACUCUGGCCUUUCAGCUGUUGAGUAAGGAGUCACCGGUGGUGAACGUGAACGGCUCGGCUGUGCCCAAGUGGACGGCCCUAUCGUUGCCGAUGACUGAGUCGGAGGCGCGCGACGCCAAACGCAAUGCCAAACAAAACGCUAAUGUGAUGAACACUCGAGAGGCGCCUCCGUUUGGCGUCGCCGCUGGUGUCACUACCGUUGUGGUCGGCGGCGCCCCUCCGGAGGGCACGAGUGUCGCCCCCCGACAGAGACCGAAAGGCGCCACAAGUGGUCAACUCUCAAUACAAGUAUUAUCGGCGGGAGCCGUGAACCGGGCGACCACUCCUGUGGAACAGUCGGCCAACAAAUUACUACCAAAUCAGUCAAUAACUACAUCACAAAGCUUUACGUCCGGCGCUCAACUGUUGGCCUCUCAGUCGUCGGCCCAACCGUUGCCCGUAUCGGCGCCGACCUCUAAUCUGGUCUCGCCGUCGAAUCACAUCCGCCAACAAACGGCUGUCGCAACCACUGAGGCCGCAAUCGCUAGUAAUAAUCCAUUCAUUAUUGUCGGACCUGAUUCUGGGAUCAGACGGACGCAGACACCUCCCGGAGCCACCUCUCCCACAGGAAGUAUUCCGUCACCGCAUAUGCAUUCGUUUCAUCGCCGGAACGUAAGCGACACUUCGGGCUUCAGUAGCAAAGAUUUGGUCCAAUUAGUCAAUACGGAGACCAAUCUUCACACAAGCAAUUCAUUGUCCUCUCAGAACACAUACACUGGUGUCAAGGGUUGGAAUCCAUUCGAGGAGGACUUCCGGCCACAACCGGCAGACAUAUCGGUCGACGACCAGCUCUUUGGCCACGAAUUCGAUAAAAUACGCAAAGGUUCCCAAAGCAGCAUAUCAAACGUGAAGAGUAGAGAAGAUCUAGUCAUGUCGUCGAUGUCUAAUACGGAAGCGUCGGAUCCGUUCGGUUCGGCGCCAUUCGAUCCCCAGAAGAUGCGAAGACACCAACAAAAGCAGGAACUGUUGAGACUUCAGUUAGAAAAGCCGCACGAUUUGAAUGAAUUUAAUUUAUUAACGGCUAAUACUAACGCUAAUAAAGGUAUAUCAGUUCCGACCACUUAUAUGCCAUUGUAUUCGUCGGACGCCGAAGACGGCGACGAAUCACGCGAUGGCGAUCAUCACAACCACGAGAUGAGAUCACUGCCCGUUUCGAUACCGCAUCGGAAUCGCAACUCUUCGGAGACGUCCACCACUACAUCCCAUUCGACGAUCGCCUCCAAUGAGGGCUCCGUUAAGAACGCCUUCGUGAAAGCGCCCGCAGAGGACAGGUCUAAGUACGAGAAGUUCUUCGACGCCGAUCCCGAUGACGAUCACGAAUUGAUAUGA